CUUUAUUCACUGCUUCAACAAUGGAUGCUAACAACAACAUAUUCCCAUUAGCCUUUGGAAUUGGAGACUCUGAAAAUGAUUCAUCAUGGUUAUGGUUUUUCACAAAGCUAAAGGAGACAUAUGGAGAAAGAGAAGGUAUGGCAAUCAUUUCAGACAGGCAUAAAAGCAUAGAAAAUGCUAUAGACCAUGUAUACCCAAAAGCUUUCCAUGGAGCAUGCAUAUUCCACCUGUUAAAUAACAUCAAAGUCAAUUUUGGUGUCCAUGGGGAGGACCUAAACCUAAACUUUGUCAAAGCAGCAAAGGCAUACAGGGUACAAUCAUUUGAGCAUUACAUGCAUGAAAUAGACAAGAUUGACACACGCAUAAGACCGUAUUUACAAAAAAUUGGAUAUUCAACUUGGUCUAGAUGCCAUGCUCCAACAAGAAGAUAUACAAUGAUGACAUCAAAUAUAGUUGAAUCAAUAAAUGCUGCAUUGAAAGCUGCAAGAACGCUGCCAAUCACUACAAUGAUGGAGGGCCUUCGAAGUUUAGUUCAAAAAUGGGUAUGGAAAAAUGGUAACGAAGCAAACGGAACAUUCACACAAGUAACAACAGAUACUGAAACUGUGCUUAGAGAAAACUUUAUUCGUGCCAUUAAAUUUCAGGUCUUCCCAGUAAACACUAUACUGUACCAAGUUGUGGUUGAACAGAAAGGAAAUUUUUUGGUCAACCUAAUGGAGAAAACAUGUGAAUGCAAAAGAUUCCAACAAGACGAAAUACCGUGUGCACAUGCAAUAGCAGUAUUCGCCAAAACACGGCUGAAAACAUAUGAUUAUGUUGCUGAUUACUACAAAACUACAACUAUGAAAGCAACAUAUGACUCAACUGUUCAUCCAUUGCCAAAUGAAGGCGAAUGGACACUGCCAGAGACUUUAAACAUAAUUGUCCUACCACCAAAAUCAAGAAAACCACCAGGCCGCCCUAGAAGGAAAAGAAUCAGAUCUAGAGGAGAACCAAAGGUGCAAAUAAAAUGUGGAAGAUGCGCACAGCAAGGGCAUAACAGAAAAACAUGCAGGAAUGAACCAAUCCCAAAGCUGCGAAACACAACAAAGUCAAAGAAAAUAGACAAAUAA